CGUCCUCGCGACGUGAGCUCACUCCCGCUCGCGCGCGUUCAGACCGAACGACUGCCUGACUCGGGGAAAGGAGAGCGCGAGGGAGCAGUAUCAGCAGGGUUUCCCCCGUGGCGAUACCUGCUGAUUGGGUCCCAAAAGCAAACUGCUUUUAACUUUUAAUAUUUGCCUGGCGUGUCCUGCCAUGACUGCUCGCGGGCGGCCAGUACACUGACGCGGCUGCGGGGUCAGGAAGCACAUACGGGUCAGCUCCGACUCUCAGAAAACGCGUGCGACAGCGUGUGAGUGCGCGCAUGUGGGUGCCUCUCGUGCGAAACUUUUUAAGGAUGAUAUACCUCGGAUGUUUCCUGUUUCUUUGUGGGCUCGCGCGUGUUAUGGCAAGUUACCCUAUAUGGUGGUCCCUGGCUCUGCACCACCAGUACACCUCCCUGGCCUCCCAGCCCAUCCCCUGCGGCUCCAUCCCAGGUCUGGUGCCUAAACAGCUGCGCUUCUGCCGGAACUACCUGGAGGUCAUGCCCAGCGUGGCACAGGGGGUCAAGAUCGGCAUCCAGGAGUGCCAGCACCAGUUCCGUGGCCGGCGCUGGAACUGCACCACCGUCGACGGCAACCUGGCCAUCUUCGGGCCCGUGCUGGAUAAAGCCACGAGGGAGUCCGCGUUCGUUCACGCGAUCGCGUCCGCGGGCGUAGCGUUCGCCGUGACGCGCGCGUGCGCGGAGGGCUCGGCCACCAUCUGCGGCUGCGACGCGCGGAGGAAGGCGCGCGAGGAGGGCUGGAAGUGGGGCGGCUGCAGCGAGGACGUGGAGUUCGGCAGCAUGGUCUCGCGAGAGUUCGCCGAUGCCCGCGAGAACCGACCAGACGCCCGGUCCGCCAUGAAUCGCCAUAACAACGAGGCCGGGAGAAUAUCCAUCACUGAUCACAUGUACUUGAAGUGUAAGUGUCACGGGCUGUCAGGCAGCUGUGAGGUGAAGACAUGCUGGUGGUCUCAGCCGGACUUCCGCGUGAUCGGAGACUACAUGAAGGACAAGUACGACAGCGCCUCCGAGAUGGUGGUGGAGAAGCACAGAGAGUCCCGCGGCUGGGUGGAGACCCUCCGACCGAAGUACGCCUUCUUCAAACCACCCACGGAGACGGACCUGGUGUACUACGAGGGCUCGCCCAAUUUCUGCGAGCCCAACCCGGAGACAGGCUCAUUCGGCACGCGCGACCGUGUCUGCAACCUGACGUCGCACGGCAUCGACGGCUGCGACCUGUUGUGCUGCGGCCGUGGGCACAACACCCGCACGGAGGAGCGUAAGGAGAAGUGCCACUGCGUCUUCCACUGGUGCUGCUACGUCAGCUGCCAGGCGUGCCUGCGUGUUUACGACGUCCACACCUGCAAGUAACCCCGCUCACACCCCAAGCCAAAAAACCCAAAACAAAACGAACAUUGGCAAGGGAAGAGACGAGGCUGCCAGACCACCGACCAUCGCUCCUUAGAGGCUCCUGCUAAAACGUGUGGGGGAUUCAAAGAGAUCGGCAGGCAGAGGCCUCUGUGCUUCCAGUAACCAACAAGCACUAAAAAAGGGGGCUGACACCUUCCAUACACUUCUGACCAGGCAGCUUCUUACAGAGACGUAUCAUUUACUGACUCAGGGACCCCUUCCUGAUGGGUCUCUGUCUGGAUCGGACUCCUGCGAGGUCGACACUCUUCUUUCAGUUGGGGGGGCUCUUGGCUGAUGAACAAGAGGGCUGAGCCUUGGAGAUCCCCACAGUUGUGUCGUUGGGGGUAAGGAGCAGGGAGGCUGAGAGGAAGCGAGAGAUCGUAGCGACGCCUGGCACUGUUUGUUCUCCGCUGCACAGACUACGCUGCUGACACGGGACCCUGCAGCGUGGACCUGAAGUGGCUGACACUUCCCUACUGCUAGCGUUAGCAAUAGCCUCUUUUUAACACCAUUAAAAAAAGCUAUUAGUGCUAUAUUUAAUUAUUUGUGACUACAGCAACUAUUUUGGGAUACUGAGAAAAGAAAAAAUAGUAAAUGUUAUGCUACAUGUGGUGUGUGUGUGGGGGGAGUAGAGAGAGCGAGAGAGAGAGAGAGAGAGAGACAGAGAGACAGAGAGCGAGAGAGAGAGACCAAACACAUGGACCCAGGAAAUAGGUUGAGAACACUGUUAACAAGUUACUAAUUAGGCUAUGAACGCACUUGUGCCUGAGUGGAUGUUACAUUUUCUGCAUGUUCAGUUUCUUUGAAUUUGCCUGUUUGCUUUAUGAAACCUAACUGGCCUUUAAUGAUCAAAAACUUAAGCUCUCCUCUGCUAGUAGCAUCUGUGUCCUACAGACCUUCCACUGCUCUGUGUUCUACUGGUCUGUGCCCUUUCAUUUUGACAUUUCUGGCUGAAUGUUUUUCUGUAAGAAACUGAUUCUAAACCUCCCACAACAGGAAACGUUUUGUAGCUUCUUGGCCCUGAUUUUGUUCAAGACGAGUGACUAACUCAGUUUGUGAUCAGCCACAUAGUCUUUAUGCAACUGGUAGAAUCAGCACUUCUUAUGGAGACUAACAUAUUCUCUCUCCUUUUUUAUGUGUAACAGUAUUAGUGAUAUUUCACAGGGCUGCUUUCCAAAACAUGUAAAAUAUUGGAUGGACUAAAUCUUUGUCAGGAAGAGCUAUGAGAGAGUUUUGUUGUGUCUUUGCCGGUGGUUCAGUUCGGCUUUACUUAAACAUCUGUUUAUUUUCCUUUUUUUAGUCUAUGCUGUGAAAAAAUAAAAUAAAACAAAAUUGUGAAUGCAACAUGACCUGGCCUGGCAGUCAGUAGAACUAGCUUAGCAUGUUAGCUUGUGUGAGAAACUGUAGAUUCUGUAGAAUUAGCUUAGCAUUUUAGCUUGCGUGAGAGACUAGAUUCUGUGGCUUUAUGGUGACUAAAUGACUUAGCCUCAUCUGUUUGCUGCUAACUGACUACAGGUGUUUUUGUAUAUAUUCAAACGUGUGUAUAAUAUAGGCUUAGUCAUGCCCUUGUGUGUGUAUGUGUGUGAGUGUGUAUGUAAGAAAUCUCUUCUUUCUAUGAAAGACUCUAUGUAGACAUAGUUGAGAACUAAAAUGUGAAGUUUUCUUACUAAUUCAGUUUUCAUGUAGGGGUGGUCUUUGUCAACCAAAUGGACAAACUGUAACAAAUUCAUUGUAAUAAGUUUAAUGCUAUAAAGUUAUGAGUGUGGUCACUUAGUCACAAAAACAGAAAAGUCUGAUCAAAACUAGGAAAACAGACAAUCUGUUGACUUAGAAACACUGGAGUUAAUUUGAUUUACAGUGACACCCUCACUUUAAAUAUGCUGAAAUGUAGAGUUUAAGUAUAUAUUUUUGUCAACAUGUAAUAUGAAAAUAAAAAUAUGGGAUUAUACUGAGAUUGCUAAAUCGAUUCUUCUGAUGUUCUAAUCAUCGUUUCCUCAAAGGUCAUUAAUCUCUUGAUGAUCAUUUCAAACCAAGCCAGUGGUGCAAUAUGUUCACGGACUUGUUUAGGUAAACUCACGGUUUUCCUGAUCCACCAUCAAGCCCACUGGCCUUUUUCUUAAGCCUCCUCACACUCUCCUGCGUUUGAGUGAAAUUUCACAGUUUAAAUUGUGUUCUUAGUGUCAUGGUCUUAAAUUCCAAAGCUUUGUACAAACUAGUUCUUUGUUUAUGGCUUUCAGAUCAUUUUUUAUGACUAUUUAUUUGAUGUAAAUGUUUAUCUUAGUAAGAGUAUGUGUGUGUGUGUGUGUGUGUCAUGUGGGUUGUGUGGUUGUGCUGCCUUGCUGGUCCAGUGGACCAGGCACUGUCUGCUGCUGGGUUUACUUUUUCAUUGUUAUUGUUAUUUCUGUCCCUGACCACAAAC